CAUUUCGACAUCCAUAUAACCGCAGGCAUGUGAACAAUCUUCCUCUUUCACGAAUCAAAGACGAACGGGUGACAGCACAUCCAACACCAAAGCCCGAAGAUGAAGACCAUUAUCAUUUUGUCAACCCUGUAUUGCUUAUGCUCUGGCAUGUUCGUCCAAGCCCAGAAACCUGGUGAUGCCGAAUGCUGCCCACUCAGUGGCACAUGGGUAUCUGAACGUGGUGUAACUGUCGAACUGGAACACAAUGCCGAUGGGACACUGACUGGUACAUAUUUGGACUUGAGCGAAGCUUCCCCUGAUAGUAAAACCCAGCCGUUGCAUGGCCAAGCGGGAAAAGGAAAACCAUCAACAUUUGGUUUUGUCGUUUCUAUGAAGGACGGAUCGACGAAAGUCUGGACUGGACAAUACCAGUUUUGCAAAGGAGAAGCCACACUGCUCUCCAGAUGGAUGAUGACGUCAGUGACGACGACCUGUGCAAAUGACUGGAAGGGCCACUUCAACGGCGAAGACAGAUUUGUGCGAAAAACAUCGAGUAAACAUAGUUCCAAGCUUGGUCACUACAUAAGGAGAAUGUUUAAGAAAAUUAUCCGAAACCAGCAGUCAUUGAAGCAUUGAAAACACCCACCGCAUCCAACAUCACUUCAAAUUUCACCAAUUUACAUAAAGCGUGCUACUGAAAUUUUUUAGCAAGCCAUACCAAGAAGACGAAAGACAAAGGAACGUUAAAAAAAAUUGACAAGGAAAGGGGCGAACUGAAUGAAAAGAUUGUAGAAAAAACCUUUUAGACAUAGUUCUUAUAUUUUAAGGGUAGAAAAAAUUAUUUUAAAAGCCUUUGUGACGUACUUAGGUUCUUAGAAUUUGGUCCUUCGAAAACAUAUGGAGUUGAGGUUCCCAAUUGCAAAUUACCUUAAGUAAGGGCAGAUUUAAUGUUCAUGUUAACACAUAAGCUUCACCUCCAAAAACGACGAAUUUUGCACAUGGGAAAAGUUCGACUCCAUUUUGAAAUGACUUCUUGAAAAAACUCCAGAAUAAUUUCAAUUCAAUACCGCUUGGAUUUCUCAAGAAUCUAUCUCCUCGACUUUUUUCGGUUGCUGGUUUGAAUAGCAGCCCCCCUUUCCCCUGGUCAUAUUUUAUUUGGUAACCAGUUCGCUAAGAUCAUAUUGUAACCUACACUAGAUUGGUAUAGGCUAGGCCGAAGUAAAUUUCAGUGGCGAAACCCCAUCAUUGCACCGUUUUAGAUAUAGUUGAACAAAGUUUGCCAGACAAUUGCUGUGUACAGACGUUAGAAGCAGAUACAGGGUUCUCAGGAAGAGUUGUAUUUUAAAAAGGCUUAAAUUAAUUUUACUAAUAUUCAUAUGUUACCGGACAGUGUCAGUAUGAUUGAUUAUAAAUAAUGUUUUUAUUUUAUUUGGGGAAAGUUGCUGCGAAGAUUGAGCUCUUGUAUUGUAAACAUAGAUAUGCUGAAUUAUCUGGAUGUAAGCACAGUAAUAAAUUAUUUGUGAAAGCUAUUCAAGUACAAA